CAAAUUCUCUUUGACAAAAGAAAUAAAUAUGACUUAAAUUAUCUAAAUGCAACAAAAUGUGAAACAUGAAAGUUAACAUUGUCUUGACUGACAACCCUGAGAACAUAAGUUUAGAUUUCAUUUCUACAUCCAUGUAUUUAACGGAUAGUUAUGUUAACAAGUCUCUCGAAAUAAACGAGACGACGAACGAUUUAGUUUACAGCAAUCAGUUCGAGAAUGAUCCUGUUAUUGUGUUAUUUAUCAUAUUAAAAUGUAUUAUAAUGUUGUUUAUAAUUUUAGCUGCUAUAUUUGGCAACUUAUUGGUCAUAGUUUCCGUUAUGAGGCACAGAAAAUUGAGGGUCAUCACCAAUUACUUCGUCGUGUCCCUCGCGUUAGCGGACAUGUUGGUUGCUAUUUGGGCCAUGUGUUUUAACUUUAGUGUUGAAAUCACCAAUGGUGAAUGGCUGUUUGGCUACUUUAUGUGUGACGUUUGGAAUUCUUUGGAUGUAUAUUUUUCGUCUGCAUCUAUCUUGCAUCUCUGUUGUAUAAGUGUUGAUAGAUAUUAUGCUAUAGUUCAACCAUUGGACUAUCCUUUGAUUAUGACCAGUGGGAAGUUAGGAAUCAUGUUGGCUGUUGUCUGGUGUAGUCCAGCUUUGGUUUCCUUCUUGCCAAUAUUUGCUGGAUGGUAUACGACACAUGAGCAUUUGGAUUUUAGACGACGUCAUCCGAAAGUUUGCAGUUUUACUGUUAACAAAGUGUAUGCGGUGAUAUCAAGCAGUGUCAGUUUCUGGAUUCCUGGUGUCAUUAUGAUAUUCAUGUAUUAUAGAAUAUACGUGGAAGCGGAUAGACAAGAGAGGAUGUUGUACAGGAGUAAGGUAGCAGCCCUACUUCUGGACAAGCAUCUCCAGAUCAACGGUAUCUCGAUGGGGGACGUGAUGAGAGAGAGACAAAGCAUCCAGAUGCAGCCUAUGGCCAGUAGCAAGAUGAAACGAGAGAGGAAAGCUGCCAGGACGCUCGGUAUCAUCAUGUCAGCGUUCCUGGCAUGCUGGCUGCCGUUCUUUUUAUGGUACAUAAUAACAGCGCUGUGUGGAGACGCUUGCCCCUCCCCGCCGCCGGUGGUAGCAGCUGUGUUUUGGGUGGGAUACUUCAACUCGGCGCUUAAUCCACUCAUUUACGCGUACUUCAAUCGGGACUUUAGAGCGGCUUUUAGAAAGACUUUGGGAUCGUGUUGCAGAUCCCUGUUUGGUGACUUAGGACGUCGGUAUUGUUGCCCUCAACAACUACUACGAAGAGAACAUCAUCAUUCCAACGCAUCUUCUGACAUCCACAUGAACAACUGUGUAAAAUCAACAUCCGCAGAUGUACUAAGAACGCAUCAACCGUGCAGUUCUAAAAUUGAAAACGUUGAAAUCGCUGCAUAAAAC